AUGGACCCCCCUGACAAUGAGCCACAUACUCAGAAGCUGAGCAAGGACCCGCAUGAAGCUGACAUCCCAGACUACCCAGGCAUCAAUCCCAAGAACCAGGCAGAGGCUGAUGCGAAGGACCCUCGUCGGGAGCCGCGGGGCUCGGACAAGGCCGAGAAGCCACCCGGAAACUGGCCCGGCAUGAAAACUGACCGCCUGAGCGGCGACUUCCCUGAAGACGUCCCAGCUUCCACACAGCGCUCUGGCGGCGACAACACGCCUCCAGCGGAGGUGAAGGGAGGCCCGACUGGAGGCCAGUUUACAGAGGAGACCGACAUCAAGGAUGUGGCCGACCCGGCAGGCAUCAAGUGGGGCGAGAAGCCAGAUGCGCCGGUGGACCCAAAGACAGCCUACCAGAACAGAUGA